UUUUAGGUCCAUUUUUCAAAGAUAAAGAUGGGAAGUGAAUCAUUCCUAUCGAGUGCUUUUUCACGACAGCGAAUCGUUACAGCAGCUGGUAUUGCUGCUGCCGCAUUUAUUGGUUACUGCAUUUAUUUCGACCAUAAAAGGCGUUCGGCGCCUGAUUAUAAGCAGAAAAUACGUGAACAACGUCGUGCUACAGCGAAGAAAAAGCAACCAACAAGUUUACCGAAUCCACAUAAUGCCACUGAAAUGCAAGCAUUUUUCUUGCAAGAAGUGCAAUUAGGCGAAGAACUUUUAGCAGAUGGACACACUGAUGAGGGUAUUGAACAUCUGUGUAAUGCAAUCACUCUCUGCGGUCAGCCAUCACAGUUGAUACAAAUUUUCGAGCAAACAUUACCUGGCGAACAUUUCACCCUUUUGGUCCAGAAGUUACCGGAAGCUAAAAUUCGUCUUAUGCGAAUGUUCGGUGAUCAUUUGGGACAAGUUGAGCGUUCACAUGCUGGAGCGGAAGAUGGUGAAAUCCCAACAGUUGUUGCAGCACCGAGUGCUAUUGAAAUCAGUGAUGAUCUCGAACUUGAAUAGCUUUUAGUGAAUCACAUCUUUUUCUUUUCUAGAAUUUUUUUUUGUUGUUGAGAGAGCAGACGGGCAGGAUAAUUUAAUGAUAAUUUAAAGCUCAUUUAUAAAUUUUUACAUAUAAGUUCUGAUGUCUCAUUUGGUGUGAAGUGGCA